AUGGCCCCCAAGAAGCUCAACGGCCCGGUAAACGAACUCCGGGCAGGGAUUGCCCUUCCGCCGCACCUCCGUCCUAAGGCCGUCACCAACCCCCUUGAACGUCUCGCCAAGCCGUUCAAGGUCCCCGUCGCGCCUCGCCACAAACUUAACCAUGUUUCGAAGCUCCCAGCUAGAAUGGCACGCACGCGCGCUCCUGUUUCGUACGUGGAGGACCACCAGGAAAGCGACGGGGAUGCCAGUGUUGCGUUCGACGUGUACGGUAGCCAGGUGGUUGUCACCAAGCGAAUCGGUGCCCUUCUGUCCCGCCGGCUUCUCGGAGAAACAGGCGCAAAUGCAGAACUAAAGCUCAUGAAGAGUUUUGCGGUUCCAUUAUCCAAAGACAAAAGGGAUGAAGGUGGGUACAAACCUCCGCCGCCACCGCUAGGCACCAGAAGAAUGCCAGUCCUUGUUCCCCGGGCGCUCCAUGACCCCACUGGCGAGUUUGCCAUUGUGCUUUAUGACCCUACGGUAGACGUUAUUCCCCAACUAGAGGAGGAAAAGAAAGAAGAAACACCCGAAGAGGAAACUGAACAGGCGGUGAAACGCCAUAAAACCCACAAGUCUCUUGCGGAGAUCUUAGGUAUCAAUACGGACCCUAAUGACAUGUCCAAACACCCCAAUGUACCGGUUGUGAUUGACCCAAAGCUCGCCAAAAUCUUGAGACCGCACCAGGUGGCUGGUGUGCAAUUCUUGUACCGCUGUACGGCAGGUUUAAUCGACCCUAGGGCUAAGGGGUGCAUUAUGGCUGACGAAAUGGGGCUAGGAAAGACGCUUCAGUGCAUUGCAUUGCUCUGGACCUUGAUCAAACAGGGCCCUAGGGGUAAGAGAACAAUCGAUAAGUGCAUCAUUGUCUGUCCGUCGUCGUUGGUGAGAAACUGGGCGAAUGAAAUCGUCAAAUGGCUUGGCCAAGGAGUACUCACACCCUUGGCGAUUGACGGUAAGUCAACCAAGCCUGGCGAUUUGAGCAAUGCAUUGGUUCAAUGGGCCAGUGCCAGGGGAAGGAACAUUGUGAGGCCCGUUUUGAUCAUCAGUUACGAGACGUUGCGACGCAAUAUGGACAAGUUGGCCGGCAUAGAGGUCGGGUUGUUGCUUGCCGACGAGGGUCAUCGAUUAAAGAACGGUGAAUCACUCACGUUCACAGCCCUUGACUCGCUCAACUGCGCGCGGAGAGUGAUUUUAUCGGGUACGCCAAUCCAGAAUGAUCUAUCAGAAUACUUUUCGUUGCUCAAUUUUUCCAACCCCGGGCUUCUUGGGUCCAAGCUCGAGUUUAGAAAGAACUUUGAGUUGGCCAUUUUGCGCGGGAGAGAUGCUGAAGCGUCGGAUGCUGAAAGGGCCAAGGGUGAUGCCAAAUUAGCAGAGCUCUCAGGGGUGGUGUCGAAGUUUAUCAUUCGUCGAACCAACGACAUUUUGUCCAAAUACCUUCCGGUAAAGUUCGAGCAUGUGGUAUUUUGCCGCUUGGCUCCAAUGCAAGAACAGGUGUACAACCAUUUCAUCACAAGUCCUGAAAUCAGGAAGUUGAUGAAGGGUGUGGGUUCGCAACCGUUGAAAGCUAUUGGUAUGUUGAAAAAGUUGUGCAACCAUCCAGAUUUACUCGACUUACCGGAGGACGUCGAGGGUUCUGAGGAGUUCAUUCCCGACGACUAUCUGAACUCGUUGCGAGGCGGUGGUGGGAGAAACCGCGAAAUCCAGACUUGGUUUUCCGGUAAAUUUGCGAUCUUAGAGCGUUUCCUUGCCAAGAUGCGGAGGGAGACGAACGACAAGAUUGUGUUGAUUUCGAACUAUACCCAGACGUUGGAUUUGAUCGAGAGAAUGUGUCGGUAUCGAAAGUACGGUGCUCUCAGAUUGGAUGGCACAUUAAACAUCAAUAAAAGACAGAAGCUAGUGGACAAGUUCAAUGAUCCUGAAGGGAAUGAGUUUAUCUUUUUGCUCAGUUCCAAGGCCGGCGGGUGUGGGAUCAACUUGAUUGGCGCUAACAGGCUCAUUUUGUUUGACCCAGAUUGGAAUCCUGCUGCCGAUCAGCAGGCGUUGGCGAGGGUGUGGAGAGACGGCCAGACCAAGAGUUGUUUCAUCUACCGUUUCAUUGCCACAGGCACCAUCGAGGAGAAGAUUUUCCAGAGACAGUCGAUGAAGAUGUCGCUUUCGUCGUGUGUAGUUGACGAAGCAGAGGAUGUUGAUAGACAUUUUACCGCCGAUGGGUUGAAAAAAUUGUUUGAGUUCUCGCCGGAGGCGAUUUGUGACACACAUGAUACAUAUAAGUGCAAACGUUGUCGCAACGGGUCCCAGUUUAUCAAGUCACCAGCAAUGCUUUACGGUGACGCAACAACGUGGAAUCAUAUCAACCACGACGGGUUGGUUAAAUCUGGCGAUAUCUUGCUUGAGAAUGAAGCGAAUUUUGACGAUAUCUCUUUUGCUUUCCAGUUUGUGUCGCAUUGA